AUGUCACAAUCUUCAACCCCUUAUCCGACUCCAUCUGCCUUCUACACUCCCACUCCUCGCGCGACGCAUUCCCCCCUCAAUCCGGACACGCCUCCGCCUCCGCCUCCAAAGCCAAGCAGUCACGAAGCAAGUCGGAGAGGCACACCGCAGGCUUCAAUAUCCUUCCCGCCUGGGUCUCAGCAACAACCUCGAGAGGGGUUUCCCGGUCCAGCCGCGGGGCCGGGCGCGAACCCAGCGAGCAUCCCAGCUGUGCUCCCCGAGCCGCCCUCUAUCGAGGAAGGGUGGCUCCCGGAGAUCAUCAAAGAUAAAUCGACUGUGGAUCUACAAUCGAUUCUCGAGCAGCCCGAGCUCAUCUCCGCUCUGUCCUCCCUCCACCCUUCCUAUGCCGUACACCAACAAAACCUGCGAAGCUGCCUAGCCUACAACCAGGACCUCGUGGAGAAGCUGACGGAACUGCAGAGCCAUCUUGCGGAGAUGCGGACCUCGACCGAGACCCUCCUGUUGACAAAUCAAUCGCUGGAAGUGACAUGGCGCAAGAAGCAGACGGAGAUGGACACCGCGCUAGCCCCUUGGUCGCCAAAGGGGCUUUAUCAGCGACUAGGUUUAUCUAUUGCCGAGCAGGAGGCCGUCUGUCGGGCUGUUGAGGAGAGCUUCCUGGAAGGCGACCAUCUCGGGCGGGCCUCAGAGAAAGAGGUCACGGACUGGGUCCGCCGCGUCAGGGCUGAGGCAGCCAAGUUGGCGGCCAGGAAAGAGGCGAAGGCGCGGUGGGAUGAAGGCAGAGUGGGUGGAUGGAGGUGA